CAGCAACACAACACAAACAAAGGAAAACGAAGCACAAUGGUCAUCAUGGCUGUCCUUCCAAAUCUGGUUCCUCCUGUUGUUGUUUUGUUGGCGAUGGUGGUGGUGGUGGGUUCAGUGGCCACGGGAGCACUUGCCGAUCGCACCGUGUGCAUUGUUGGCGCCGGCCCUGCCGGGUUGCAGCUUGGCUACCGCCUGCAACGCAUGAACAUCAGCUAUGUCAUCUACGAGCGCAACGCGCGAGCAGGUUCCUUCUUCGAGCAGUACCCACGGCACAGACAGCUUGUGUCGCUGAACAAGCUGGCAACGGGCAGCACCGACUACGAGUUCAACCUCCGGCAUGACUGGAACUCGCUCAUCACCGAUGGCGACGAUCCGCGUGGGCAGCUGCUCUUCCGCAACUACAGCACCGAGUUCUAUCCGCCCGCCGAUCGCAUGGUCGACUACCUCAACGACUUUGCUCGCAUCUACAACCUCAACAUCCAGUUCAACACGACGGUCACGCGCGUCUCCCGGCCCCGCGUCCAGCCAACCAAACAGAAGAACAAGAGGAGAAAGGGCAGAAGGACGAACAAGAAGACGACAGCGGACAGCAAAGCACAGGGGCUCGAUGGUGACGAUGAAGGAGACACCGUGCCCUUUACGCUGCACCUUCAGCGCAACGACGACGGUUCCACCUUCAAGCGCACCUGCCUCCCGCUUGUCAUGGCAACGGGCACGCCGAUCCCGUCAUAUCCACGCGUGGCACCCGGCAUUGAGAACACGGAGGGCUACGAGGACUUUGAUCCAACCUCAUCGCUGCACAAGUACAGGGGCAAGCGCGUCCUUAUCCUGGGAGCAGGCAACUCCGCCUUUGAGGUUGCGAACAACAUCUCCGGGGUGGCCAACUUUGUCGAGAUGUGCUCGCGCAACCCACCCAAGUUCUCGUGGCAGACGCACUACGCAGGCGACGUCCGCAGCAUCAACGCAGCUUUCCUCGACACAUACCAGCUCAAGGCACAGAACUUCAUCUCCACGUGCAUCAUCAGUGCGCAGUCGUCAUUUGGUCGACACGCCGACGGCUCCAUCGAGGCAGACACGACAUACUAUGGGCAGGGCCCAAUCAAGGACGCGCAGGAGGCAAUGCACAUUCUGUUUCCCGGUCGCAGUGACCAGCGCACAUUCACCGCACGUGCUGCCACCUACGAUUAUGUCAUUCGCGCACUCGGCUUCCAGACUGACGCAACCAUCUUUGAUGCAUCCUCGGCACCGCGUUUGGACACACGGAAGAAGUAUCCACUCCUCACUCCAGAAUGGGAAUCCGUCAACACAGACCACCUCUUUUAUGCCGGCACCCUCAUGGCGGGUCGUGACAACAAGCGCUCGGCCGUGUUUGCUGUGCACGGCUUUCGCUAUGCAGUGGAGACGCUGGGCAACGUGCUUGGCGAGCGAUAUUUCAGCCGCCCGUGGCCAACAGUCGCCGUCCCAAACACAGCAGCGGACAUUGCGUCCACCAUCAUCGAACGCGUGCAGUACUCAAGCGGGCUUUACCAGAUGUACACGUCCCUGUGCGAAGUGCUGUGGUUCGAUCGAGACUGUGACCAUGACAACACCUACGCCAAUGGAAAGGACCCGCGCAGCAGCGAUGAUGACGACGACAAAGACGACAGCAGCAAUAAUGGUGGUGGUGACCGUCGAAGAAACAAGGCUUGCUGGCGGCAUCAGAGUCACGUGCCAUGUGACCUUCUGUUCACAAGUGAGGCGUUCCUUCAUCGCUCAUUUCUCGUCGUUACGCUCGAGUACCAUCCAGACUUUGGAAAGACGCGAGAAAAGUUUGAUGUCUUUGGCGCAGAUCAUGUCGACCCUGCGCUGCACCCAGACGAGGGCCACCGCAGCAACUUCUUGCACCCGGUGAUUCGGUACUACACGGGUUUGCGCUAUGAUGGAAGCGAGCACGUGCACUUCACGCACGUCAACCCUGAAUUACGCAAGACAGCCGAUGACGUCACGGAAUGGCAGAGCAACCGCCAGUCCUCCCAGGCCGUGGCCAUUCACCACAUGAUGGAGAGCGUGUUCAUCGACUUUGCACACCUGGAGGCACACAUCGAACCCCUGGUGCGCUUCCUGGCCGGACUGCUGGCAACACGGCCGGAACUGAUGUCCACACCAAGCGCGUCGCCCAUCCACGCUGUGAAGCUCCGCGCUGCUUCCAAGCAGGCCCGCACCAGCCUUCACCCGCAGGACUGGGUGCGCCGCAACCUAAACAUGGCGCCAGAUGACCUCGUUGACGUCAUGCUUGACAUCCAGGACACGGUGGAUGCGCGCGCGCCAACACCGGACCGCCACAAGGAUGCCAGUGCGUGGGAUGGGAUGGCCAUGCUUCGCGGCGCACGUGGCGUGCAGUUUGCAGACGAGCAGGGCGGCACCAACACCGUUGGCAGCAGCGGCGACGGUGCUGGCGGUGGUGUGCCUGCAGGCAUGACGCAGGAGCAGAUGAAGGUGUUUGUGGACACGCUGAGCGAGGCAUUGGAGCAGCCUGUCGCGGAGAUGCCAGAGCUGCAAGAUGUGCAGGCAUCAGUGGCGCACGCACGUGAGGCGAGCGAGCGUCUGGGCAAGCGGCUGGACCGGCAGAAGCAGGAAGCAGACAAGGCAUCCAAGGCACAAAGGGCACAAAACAAGUACGCAGGGAAGGGGGGAGGGACAGAGAAGGUGAAGGGUAAAACCCGUGUACGUGGUCGAGGAGGCGACGCAGAGGAAGAGGAUGAUCAUUAUGCCGAUGGUGGUGGUGGUGGUCGUCGUGGCGCCGGCGACGCCGUACUGGGAAAACGAAAAUAUGCAGGGCAUGGCAGUGAGCGUGGUGGCGAUCAUGGGGAUGUGGGGGGAGAGGAAGAGUUGUGGGCCAAUGACAACGACGAUGAUGAUGAACGCGAUCGCGAGUUUGAUGACGGCGAUUACCAUGGCGACGGUUACGGUGAGGUUGGCAGUGUGGUCCGUGAGCGUGGUGGCGGCGACUGGGAGGGGAGCGAGGACCUGAGUGCCGAAGACAAGGAAGAGCUGCGUGAGCUGUUUGCUGAUGCCGACAAUGUGCUGGCAUCACUGGAUCGCAUCACCAACCUCUUCAGCAACCUUGGUCAGAUGGCCGGCGAUGACGUAGGCGAGGGCGACGAGCACAUGCGCGACACCAUCUUUGGGCAGCACGCGAACCACGACAAUGAUGACUAUGACGGUGGUGGUGGUGGUGGUGGUGGUGGGGAUCAUGGCGACCAUGAUCACAAUGGACACGCCACCUUUGAGAGUGAUGAUGAUGGUGGCGAUGAGGAUGACAAGGAGGGUGGUGGAGCCUGGGUUGAAGGGAAGCGAAUCAGGUUUCGCCCCAAGCGGUCAGUCAGAAGCGGUGACCAUGAGGACGACAGAGAGGGCAGUGGCAGCACUGGUCGCCGACACCGAGCCAGUCCCCGUGCACGUGACGCAGGUGGAGCGGAUGAAGCGCAACAGCGACAACAACAGCAACAACAGGGACAACAGCAACAGGGACAGAGGGGGGAAGCCACGACGAAGAGCACAACACCGCGCCGACGACGGCGCACGUCCAAGCGCAGAACCAAGAAGAACAAGAACAAGAGGAGAAGCGCUGGCGUGUAACA